AAACGAUUCAACGAGCUGCAGCAUAAAUGUUUCCUAGCAUAAAACCACAAAAUUAACAUCAGGAAACGUAUGCGCAAUGAUAAAAUGAUCAGACUGUAAUGGCUCCGAACCAGGUUUUUGUUGUGUCAACUGGCCAAUUGUAUUCAAGUUAAUAUUGACAAAUUAUAGUUGGUGACAUGGAUUAUUUAUACGUUUUAAAACGUUGCGAAAGUAGUAAUAAACGAAAGUGGUGCACGCCAACAACACAAACGGAGCAGCGAGGAGUAGUUUUUUCCCAUGAUGCACUUGUGCUUCCUUCCUAUCUGGCGCCUUCUCGCCGAGAGCGGUCCAGAUCCAUCUUGCCUGUUCGUGUUCGCGUCCGCGCAGCUCGGCAGGCGGCGCGCCCGCGGUCUUUUCACUCUUGCUGUCGUCGUGCUCAAAAAUGGCGGCGCCGAGAGGCGGAAAGUCGUCGUCCGCCAACGUCGCGGUGGCUUCGGGCGGCCAGACAGCCGCCCGAGCUCGCUUCCCGGGCCGGCCGUGCGCGAGCCGCGUCGGCCGCCUGCGUCUGGGCAAGCGAAGCAAACGCGGAAGGCUGUGCUCGGAUGACGGCGAGUCGUCCGGCGGAGGGCCGAGGCCCGUCAACAUCGGCCUGGCGUGGAGCGACGACCCGGCCUUGCUGCGUCUGCUCGGGCUGGCCGAGAAACAUGCGCGGCGGACGGAAGUGGGCUUCGAGUCGAGCGAAGAGGAGGAAAACUUGGAUGGUUUUGCCACAUCCACUGCUCAUUUAUCCAGCAAGUUGAAGCCCCCCAAAGUUGCACAGCCUUCUGAAGUUGCGCAGCGUUCCGACGAUGUGACGCCAACUCCCGCAACCAAAUCAACGUUACUCAAGACCCCCGAAGCAACACCGAUUGGGAAGAUUGUAUCGCAGGGCGCCAAAGAAGAGGAUGGGCUAUCUGACGCCAUUUUACCACCGAAUUCCAAAGAAGGGCCGAUUGGCACACUUGUCCCGCGGCGCUUGAAAAAAGAAUGGCUUGGCGUGAAAGGCAGACGAAUGAAAGUCAAAGAGGCGCCGACGGAGAUUUUUCAAGGGCAAGGCGCAACGUCAAAAGGCAUCCGGGCCGGGGUCGGUGAAGCAGAACCAAGCGAGGAAGUUCCGGCAGCCGAGAGUGCGGGGCGGGCGCUCGCAACGGCGGUCAAAAUGCCAGGUGCCGCCUCACCGCCGAGGCCCGCCAAGCGGGCCAGGCUGUCGGCGGCGUCCCUGCAGCGCGGCCGGAGGAAAAAGGCGGCAAAGGACGUGGCCGCGUCCCCGGAGAUUGGCGCGGAGGCUGGCGCGCAGAGCGGGCCGGAAGCGGCAAUGCCGCUAGAGGGCUUGUCUUUGCCACCGCCGUCGCCACCGCUGUCGCCCGUGUUACCCGAGCACCGCGUGUACAAACGACACUCUCGCAAGUGCUUAUAUGGCAAGCGGAAGAAGGUGAAAAACGCCACGCCCGCCACCACCGCAAUCCGCAAAAGGAAGCGCAUCAAGCACGUGUUUUACACCUACGUCACGGACCCCGGGCCCACUGCUGCCCCGGACCUCCAAGCCAGCUCUCUCGUGGAACAGCGCGACUCCUCGACUGUGACGACUGCGCGCGCGUCCCGCGUCAUCAAGACGCCCAAGAGGUUCUUGGACGAGGCCGCGGCGCCCUUCCCCAAAGGCCACUUGUCUUCAUGGCCGAAGAGUCACCCGAAAGAGGAGGAGAAGACCGGCGCAUCUUCGCAAGACUCCCUUUGCGAUGCCAAGUUGGAGGGAGACGCCGCGCCCGACGCGGCCGAGGAGUCGUCUCCCCCGGCCAAGCGCCCCCUCGGAGCAAUUCACGGCAGCAGUCACCUGGACUUCUACAAGAAACUCAAGAGGCUGACCUUGAAGCUGGCAGAGAAGAAGAGAGGCCAUUACGCCGUGCGGCUCGAAGACGAUGACGCCUCUCGUCCGGGCCGGGGCCACGUGGCCGCGAAAAAGAGGAGGCGGCGCCGCAAGGCCAAACUGACCGUGGAGGAGAUGGACUCUCCCGGAGUCGUGAGGAGGCUCGCCGUGUUCGUCAACAGCGACGCCAAGACGUCUUCGCAAGCAUCCCCGGGAGUCACCGACGGGAACGAGGCCGCGGGGAGCGGCGAGGCUCGUCCUGCGGCGCCGGACGCGGGCGCGGCCGGGCACCGCGCGCUGGCCCUGAGUGGAGCCAACAAGAGGAUGCUGCACCUGCUCAAGAAAGCCAAAGUGCAGCUCAUCAAGAUUGACCAGCAGAAGCAGUUCAAAUUGUCGCAGUUGAGCUCGAGCGACACUCGCGCCACAGUGAGCGGGCGAAGGAAAAGGAGAGUCAACCGCUCCGCCAAACUGCAUCCUCAGGAGCAGCCUCUGGGCGGCCCCCGGAUCAAGCACGUUUGUCGGGCGGCGGCGGUCGCCCUGGGCCAGCCGCGGGCCACCGUGCCCGACGACAUUCCCCGCCUCAGUGCCCUUCCGCUGCACGAGAGGGAGGGCAUCGCCGUUUCCCCCGCCAUGGAAGAUGUCGCAGACGACGACGACGACAUCUCUGAUGGAGGCGGGGCCGAGCGGCCGGUCUCCCAGGAACUCCUUCAAGAGCAGCAGAAGCAACGGCGGCCGCGCGGGUGGCGGCGCGGCCGCAAGUUCAAAAAGCGCAAGAUCUUGAGCCGCUACAGGCCCGGCGGCGUGCGCUCGCGGCGCUGCGGUACGUGCAGAGGCUGCCUGGUGGACAGCGACUGCGCCAGGUGCGCCAACUGUCGCGACAAGACCAAGUUCGGCGGGCCCAACAAGAGGCGACAGUGUUGCAUAUACAGGAGGUGUGAGAGAAUUGAGACCGCAAAGACGGAGCGCAUCGUCAAACAAUUUCAAGUGCGGGCCAGGCAGUUUUCGAGACCCGCGCCAAGCGGCGAUGACGGCAACUGGGGCGCGAGGGGGUCGAGCGCGAAGCUGUCCUCGGCGCCGACUAAAAUCCGCAAGCAUUCUUUGCGCGACAUCACGCCGCGCUCCUUCAGCAAUCUGCUGAAGUCGGACUCGGACGAGGAACCAGAGGAAGAGAGGGAAGACUUCAAGGAGAAGAAAAUGGCUGCUCAGCAAGAUCUUGGACUGUCCGUACGUGAGAACGUCCCCGUGGAGGCGGUGAAGCAGCGGCGGCCGUUUUCCAAAGGAAGCCGACCAAGAGCCAACAAGAACGCCGCCGAGGGCUCAUCGCUCGGUGCCCCCGUGGGGUUCCCCAACGGAUUUCCCCAGAAGGGCCCGCUGCUCGACAAGACAAAGAUCCGGGUGGAUUUCAAGGAGGACUGCGCCAUUCAAAACGUGUGGCUAAUGGGGGGCCUCAGCGUGCUCACGUCCGUCCCCACCACGCCGCAGCCCGUUUGUCUGUUAUGCGCCAGCAAAGGACGACACGAGAUGGUCUACUGUCAGAUAUGCUGCGAGGCCUUCCACAGCUUCUGCCUCUCUGCCGAGGAGCGACCCGCGGGGGCAAACCAGGAGAAUUGGUGCUGCAGACGCUGCAAGUUCUGUCACGUGUGCGGGCGCAGGAGCAAGCUGUCCAAGCCCGUGUUGCAAUGCAGGGGCUGCCAAACCUCCUACCAUCCGUCCUGCUUGGGACCGACGUACCCGAAGCCGAUGAACUGCAGCCUACCGUGGCUCUGCAUGACGUGCAUCCGCUGCAAAAGCUGCGGAGUCACGCCCGGAAAGUCGUGGGAGGUGGCCUGGAACCACGCCGAGAACUUUUGCCCCGACUGCGCCGUUCUUCACCAAAAAGGUCAAUUCUGCACGGUUUGCAACAAGUGCUACGACGACGACGACGACGACGGCGGCCAGCGGGCGCGGAUGAUUCAGUGUGUGAAAUGCAAACACUGGGUGCAUUACGGCUGCGAGGGCCUUUCGGAAGAGCUGAAGGGGCUGCUGUCCAGUCGAGCGCACGAUGCCGACUUCACCUGCUCCCCCUGCCGUCGGCGCGCCGGCGACGACGGCAGCCUCAGGGAACGCCUGCAGGGCCGACUGCUAUUUGGCCUGCAAGAGGUGCUGGCGGGCCUCCUGGCCUCCGCCGCCACUCGGCACCUGGCGCGCUGUCCGGCGUGUCGGGAAACCCAAAAGACGGAGCUCGCCGGGGAAGCGGCGCCGCCGUGCGAUCUCCAAGCCAUGGACAGGAAGUUAAAAGGGGGCGCUUACUCAUCCAUCAAAGCGUUCCACGCCGAUGUCGUUUCGGUGAUGAGAAAGUGGCUCAAGGAGGAAGCGGACACAAAGCCCACCGUUUGCGCCAGGGAACACUAUGCCAAAUUGAUGGUGCAAGUAUUCAGCUGGCUUCCUCCACACCACCAAAACAAGUUGAGGUCAUUUUCGGAGGACCCGCCAUGCGGAAUGCUCCCCGAAGCGGUCAUCCCGCCGUCCAAGGAACACAGCUACGCGCAGUGGAUGCAGAGGACAUAUCAGCAGAGGGACGGCAGAGGGACGGUGGCGGGGAAAGGUGUGAUGAGCAACGUGGACGCUUUCCAAGAUGGCCGACAGUGCGCAUUGUGCCAGCAGUGUGGCGACUCUGCACCCAGAGACGGCGGACGACUGCUGUACCUGGGCCAGAACGAGUGGGCCCACAUCAACUGUUGCAUUUGGUCUGCCGAAGUGUACGAGAACAACGGCGCCCUCCACCAAGUCCACACCGCCGUCUACAGGGGCCGCCACCUGCGUUGCGACCGCUGCGGCCUGUCGGGGGCCACGGUGGGCUGCUGCCUCUCCACCUGCCAGAGUAACUUCCACUUCAUGUGCGCGCGGGCCCACGACUGCGUGUUCCAGCGGGACCGCAAGGUCUACUGCUACAAGCACACGGAUCUCGUCACUGUGGCGACCGUGUCAGGGGAGGCAUUUGAGGUGUCCCGGCGAGUCUACGUUGACUUUGAAGGGAUCACCCUGAAGAGGAAGUUCCUCACAGGCCUGGAACCCGAAUCCAUUCAGAUGACCAUCGGCUCUCUGCAAAUCCACAAACUGGGCGUGUUGUCAGAAAUCUCAUCAAACGGAAGGAUGUUAUACCCCGUCGGAUACCAGUGCUCUCGCUUCUACUGGAGCACCGUGGAUCCGCGCAGACGCUGCAAGUACACCUGCAAGGUGACCGAAGUCAGUAGCCCCCUGCCCGGCGAGGACCACCGGCCCCUCGGCAAGUGCGAUCAAGAGGAGAAUCAAACCAUCGUCCACCAAGAUGCGGAGACUCUGGACAGUCUCGGCGGCUCGUCCAGCCCGCUUUGUUCUGCCACUCCAUCGCCCCCCUCCAAAGUGCACAGUUGCUCGCCCGGACACAAGCACCACGGCUUCUCGCAGACCAGGAGGCCCGCGGCGGGAUCUUCCCGACCCCUCCCAUCACCAGGUUCGGCAUCCUCCAAAUCGCAUCACAUGGUCACUCUGCGUGACCUGGAGGGCAGCCGCCGCCGCCGUCGCAGGAGCCGCCGCAGUCCCUCCCCGACCGACGGCGGCCCCGUCCGCCCCCGCUGCGCUCACUUGGGCAACUUUGCGCCGACCUCUCCUCCCCUGUCGCGAUCGGACUCGCUCUCGCCGGGCUGGGGCUCCCCGCCUCAAACGGCUUCCGGCGGCUUUUCGCCUCGCCGGGGCGGCCGCUUCGAGGCUCCCCAACGCUCCUUGGCGUCGUCCGAGACGGAGGACGGGGCGGCGGCGGCGACCCCGAUCGGGAUCUCGGUCGCUCCCGACGACGCCUUGGACGCCUCGGUUCUCGACGCCGAGCUGGAGUUUGACGACACCCCGCCGACCCGGAACGCGUUGCCGGAUGUGGAAAUCCCGGAGCCGGAUUCCGAGGACGAACACCGCGGCGUCGCGCUUCGGCGCAGCGUGGUGCGCGAGGCCGCCCGCGGCCUGGCGCGGACCUCGGCCCCGCCCCCGGCGCCGUCCAUUCCGCAGUUGGACGGCGCCGACGACGGCUCCGACAGCGACCGCGGCGAGGGGCCCGACGAAGCGGGACAAAUUCACGCCGGCGUCGGCUCGCCCACGAAGCGGCCGACGGUCGCGCUCAGGAGGUUGGAGUCCACCCAGGCGGCGGAACACGGUACGAGCGCGGCGGGCCGGUUAACGGAGGCUCACUCGCCCCCCGUUUUCCUUGACGAUUUCGAUGUGGUGCAAAGCGAGGAGGUGCCGGUCGACGGUGCCGCCUGGGCCCAGGAGGCGUCUGUCGAAGUGGCCGGCGGGAGUCGCGCGGCCCCCCAAGAUGUCUCUCUGGCGCGCCCCGGUAACGCCCCAGCCGACGACAAGGACGAAGCGUCGUCGGCGGGAUCCGCCGAAGGCUUCAAAGAUGACGACAAGGACCCCGACUAUUCUCCCGAGCCCCGAAACGCGUCGCACCCGCCAAUGAAAAGAAUCCUGGUGAAAAACGCGCGCCACACCGCCAAAAUGAAGCGCUUGAUGACCGAGCAGGGCCUCCCUCUGCACCAGCGGAAGGUCACGGUGUCGCCGCCCCCCGCCGCGCUUCAGGUCGUCAACGCGGCGACGCUUUCUGCCGUCGCCGCGCCCCUUCUCUUCAACGGGGUCAACGCUUUAAACGUCCAACCCGCCGCCGUCACCGUCAGCCCGGACAAGCCCGCCGCGGCGGCGGCGGCGUUGUCGUCGUCGGAGCGGCCUCCCCGGCCCGUCGUGGCCGCGGCCCCCGCCGUUGCGCCGACCCCCCAGGUGCUCCUCGUCAACAGUCAGGGUCAAAUCCUCUUGAAGAACCCCCGAAGCAACACUUACCAAGCGCUCAACAGCAGCUCUCCCACUUACAGCAAGAUAAGCCAAAUUGCCAGGAUGCUCCAUAAGGGCGGCCAGGCCUUGAGGCGACCCCUCCCUCGCGUCGCGGUCAAACCUUCGCCCGCCGCCGUCUCCUCGGCUCCGGCGCCAAACGGCAAAAUCGUCUACCGAGUGGUGCCCAUCAGACGUGUGGCGAGUCCCCCGCCGGCCGUCACCGUGCAGCGAAAUCCCGCCUCGGCGCUGUCCGAGGCCGAAACGGCUCAAGCCAUUCUCAGCAGAUCGCUGGAAUCCCAACGUGACGCCCCGAGGACCGCGCCCAUCAUCCUGAGGGACGGCAACCCCCCGGCGCCGCCGCCGCCGCCGUCGUCUCAAUCUCGAGACGCCCCUCGUCGGCCGGCCGGCGCGGAGUCCCCGAGCGUCGAGAGCGGCGCGCCGGCCGGCGGGCCGCAGACGACACCCGCACCCCUGCCUGAACCCGAGGUGCGCGUCAAGCUCCCGACCGCCGUCCCUCAGAGGAGGAAGAGAGCCAAGAUGGACGUCCUGAACGAGCCCUCCGGCGAUCACGGAGACCAUCGCCAGUCCAGGACGCAGCAAAGGCCCGACGUGGCUGCCGGCCUUUCGGACCAUCCAAUUGCGUCCCGCAAUUUGAAAAUGGGCGCCGGGCGCCGACGAUUCCUUUCAAGCCGGGAGAAACGCGUCAAAAUAAAAAUGCAGCCUGUAAAAGAUGUUCCCGACGUGGACAAGGAGAAUUUGAGAACGACGGCGCCGCCCCUGCCGAUGUCCCCGAGACCUCACGACGUGGAGAGUGUCGGCUGUCGGGCGAGCGCGCACAAGUGGGUCAGCGCUCGUCACGCAGACUUGGCCGAAUGGGGGCCGCUCGCAGGUUAUAGCUCGGAAGACGAAGCCCCUUUGCCCAAACACAAGAAGAGGAUCUGCAUGAACCAGCCUCACCUGCGUUUUGAGAUCACCAGCGAGGACGGCUUCAGCGUCAAAGCUGACAGCAUCGAGGCGGCUUGGCGCGCCGUGAUCGACAACGUCCAGGAGGCGCGGGCGGCCUUCCGCCUGGGGCAGCUUCCCUUGGGCGGCAUGAGCGGGCCGCGGGUGCUGGGCGUGGUGCACGACGCCGUCAUCUUCCUGCUGGAGCAGCUGCGCGGCGCCGGCGACUGCAAGAGCCACCGCUUCCGCUUCCACCGAUGCGACGGCGGCGAGGAGGAGCUGCCGCUCAACCCCAGCGGCUGCGCCCGCGGCGAAGUCUACACGCGGAAAGCCACAUUCGACAUGUUCGACUUCCUGGCAUCGCAGCACCGCGCUCUCCCCGACUCGCUCGGCGCCUACGAGGAGGAGGACGACGACUUUCCGCUCAAGUCUUCCAGGCGCGCCACCAGCAGCGAGCUUCCCAUGGCUAUGAGGUUUCGACACCUGGAGAAGACUUCCAAGGAAGCCGUCGGCGCUUACAGGUCCCUCAUUCACGGCCGAGGGCUUUUCUGCAAGAGGAACAUCGAAGCGGGAGAAAUGGUCAUCGAGUACUCGGGCGCGGUCAUCCGCUCGGUGCUGACCGAUAAGCGGGAGAAGUAUUACGACGGCAAAGGCAUCGGCUGCUACAUGUUCCGCAUCGACGACUUUGACGUGGUGGACGCCACCAUGCAGGGCAACGCGGCGCGCUUCAUCAACCACUCGUGCGAGCCCAACUGCUACUCGCGCGUCAUCAACGUGGACGGCCGCAAGCACAUCGUCAUCUUCGCCCUGCGCAAGAUCUACCGCGGCGAGGAGCUGACGUACGACUACAAGUUCCCCAUCGAGGACGACGAGAGCAAGCUGCGCUGCAACUGCGGCGCGCGGCGCUGCCGCCGCUACCUCAACUAGCCGCCCCAGGUACGAAUGGCCCGCCGCCGGCGCAUCCGUAGAGUCGCGUUUUACAACCACGAGCGGACUUUGGUGUGCCGUCCCCCGGCUGGAAUCUGGACCGACGGAGCCAUAAGUCAAUCGCAGACUGUUUCUAGAAUGUGCACAAGGCCAAGAGAUGUUCUCUUUGCCCAUUCCGCCUCCGUUUUGUUUGUUUUCUCGCAGGGAAAUGGAGUAUUUAUUGAUUAGGUUGUGUUCGCGGGUCUGCGUUUCUUGACCGCGGUGCCGGUAGAGUUGAAAUAGUUUUAACCGUGCUCUCAGAAAGGCGACUUUUAUCCCGCACUCUUCUUGUUCAUUUGCUGUGUUUUAAGGGGAAAGACUUUUUGCACUGUCCCUCCGCGGGGUUGGUCUGUUUUGCGUAUCGGAAGAAUGUUUCUCGAAUCCCAUCGGAAGGCGGGCUUCAAAUGGGACUUUGACUUUGGAAGCGGGUGACAUUUGCAGCCACAUCAGUGUUUCCGCCGCGUGUGCUACCUCAGAUUGAAACAUUUUGUCCCUCGACGUUCCAAGACGUAACUCGACAUUAAUUACUGACAUUUUGAUUUAACCCCACUUUGUAGUUGAACGACCGCCGUUGCUGUUUUUGUCCAAAGACUCUGCUUUUUGACACCUUUGUUUUCCCCACGUUCGGAGGCCGGCGCGAGUGGCAUAUUCGCCUUUGUGCUUUGUACAUAGUUGUAUAAAAGGUCUUUCCAAACCUGUUACAUAUUUUUCUACCCGCAUUUUCUUUGUUAUUUAUGUUCAAUAAACCUUUUACAUGUUCCAAGUUAAA